AUGUAUUCUGCUAACCGAGGAUUCGACGUUGUGAAAGACAAAUGUAUACAGUUCAAUAGAAUCAUUAAAAACUACCCAUUAUUUAUAUCAACUUUUCCCGCGUUCGAUCCCGAUGAACAUGAUACAGAUCGUGUGGCUCUUCAUUAUCUUCGAAACUACGUUAUAUCUGAAGACAAUAAUACUCUUCAAAAGCAUCAUCCGAUUAAGAUCGAUACAGCAAAUAAUAGUUGUAUUUACAAAACAAUCGCUAUUCUAUGUCGAUCAGAAGUUGAAGAUGGUGCGAAAGAAUUAAGAGUGCGAAAUGUAAUCGAUAUGGUGCUCAAUGCAGAAGUGUAUCAUUCAACUGAUCCCGAAUUACAUUCUUGUUUACAAUGGGGCGAAACAUGGAAAUAUUUUGUAUUGGAACAACUUCGUGAUAAACCAUUGAUGAAUGGACCGAAUGCGGCUUUAACGUUAUGUUUACAGAGUCUAUCCAAUAUAAUUAAUAUGAGAAUUAGAUCGGUCUACCCGAAAGUCCCUGGUGGCAGUGAUGAUCUUCGAAAAAGACUGAAUAGGAUAUUUUCUCCAUCCGAUAUUCAAUCAAAUGAAACGACAGUAUCAUCUAUCACUAUAUUAUGGUCGAAUAUGAAACACAUAUCAUCACAUUCGACAAGUUUAAUGUGGAUGCCAGAUUGUGUUGUACCACUCCUACCAAAGCCAGACUGUUAUAUAAACGAUAAAAUUGUUUCUCCACAAGCAAAUUCACCUACUCUACAAAACCCUACAGAACGUAGUUUUUAUAUUCUUUCGUGUUUCUGCCCUAUAACUCAAGGUGUACUGAAUGAACUUGUGUCGGACUCUGAUCAACAGAAGCAUUCAGAAGCCGAAAUGAAACAAGAAGAUACAAAAUUACCUGAAUUUCUUUGUCCUAAAUGUUCAAAACCAUGUAAUGAUUACCGAUUUGAUUGGAGAGCAGUUACCUUAUUUCGUCAGAACUUUACUGGCGCACGUUUAACUUAUAUUCUCAUAGAUGUAACAUCGUCUAUGACAGUGAAUCUUCUCAAUAGCCUAUUAAACUGGAAUAAUUCUUUAUUACCACGAAUAACUCGAACAAAAGAAGCAGUGAAACAAUUAUUAAAAGAAAUAGCAGCAGCAGCAAGUCCAUUAGAUCAAGCUAUUUUAACAACGUUUGAUGAUAAACUUAAAAAUCCAGCUUUAAUUCCUCUAUGUAAAGCUUCGGAGAUUGCUAUAGAAUCAAAUUUGAAGUGUAUUGAUGCCAUUGAAUUAAGCCCUCGAUCAACACAAACCUAUUUUUAUUCAGUCCUAAAAGGAAUCUAUGAAAUGUUGGAACGACAACCAUUUUUAUAUAUCGAUCUUUAUUUAUUUUCUGAUGGAAUUGAUACAAGUCCGAAAAAGAAUGAUAAAGCCUAUCAAGCAAUUAUUCGUGGUUUAAACGAAAAAAUUGGUGCUAAAUGUCAUUUUAUGAAUUGUGGUUCAGCAUUGGACGGAUUUUCAGUAGCAGCUUGGUUAGGCGAUGCCGAGGCCGAUUUUUCGAUGUCAGUUUGUAUCGAACAAAUUAAAACACAGGUCAAAGCUGCUUAUAAAAAAGAUCAUGCAAGAACUAUAGAUUUAACAACGACAACAACUCGUUUUCGAGGUAGAACGCUUGAUGUUCCAUCACCAACGUUAACUAAUUUUAUGACAGAUGCCGAAGCUGCUUCUCUUCGUGUACCAAUUCGAAAAAAGAAAAAUGAAGAUGAAAAUCUGUCAAUGACUACAGUUUUUCGUCGUUCGGAUCCAAAUCUAAAAGGCAUUACUGAUUAUUUAUCAGUACUUCCGUCGGCAAAUCGUUUUCGCUCUUCUAGCGCCACGAAUAUCUCAUCGCAAGUUACGAGUGAAUACAGGAUUGCUACACGUAACUUACAAGCUCGAAAAUUGCAUUAG